CCCUCUGUCAUUGCAUCUUUCCAUCUUCCUCUUCCUCCAAUAGAAAACCUCUUUUGACAAUCAUUACUUUAACCACCACCAUUAUUAGUAAUGAUCUCUUCCUUUCUCUCAGUCUCUUCAAGAAAUGUAAAAUCCUCAUCUGGACAGUUUUAAUUACACGAAACACAACUCUCUGUCUUUAAAAAAUAUAUACAUGCAGAAAGACCCAUCCAGUCAGCUUUCUUGCUCUAGAAAUUCGUGUAUUUUUUUCUACAUAUAAAAACUUUCUUUCUCCCUCAUCAUCAUGCAACUGGACUUCCUUUAAGAAAAAAAAUAUCUGUUUGUCUGUCUGUCUCUGUGUUGAGGAUAUUUUGAUAGAGAAAAGUAAAGGGUGUGUAUUUGUAAGGGAAGAAGAGAUGUUGGAUCUGAAUGUAUCAGCAGUUUCAGUGAACUCAAAUUGCCAUGAAAGUGACCCCCACAACAACAACACCCUUUUCUUGAAAGAUGAUUCUGGUACAUCCAACACAGCUUCCUCCUCCAUCGAAGACUCAAACAGCUCAUCCCAUCAUCACCAUUCUCUUUCAACACUUAAUUUCUCCAUACUGAAGAGCGAUCGUGCUGACAUGGAGAUUGAAGUAGAUGAGAGUAGUGGUGAUAACAAUAUGCUGACGAGGCAGCUCUUUCGGGAAUCGCAGGGACCGAGGAAUAUUCAUCAGGGUCAAUGGCUGAACUUGUCUGUGCCGGAGUCCGGUGGAGGGGCAGAAAUGGGAAUUUACAAACCGCCGGUGAAUCAGCCAGUGAAGAAAAGCAGACGUGGGCCCAGGUCACGUAGCUCACAGUAUCGUGGUGUCACAUUUUAUCGGCGAACUGGAAGAUGGGAAUCCCACAUCUGGGAUUGUGGGAAACAAGUGUAUUUGGGAGGAUUUGAUACAGCUCACGUUGCAGCUAUGGCGUAUGAUCGAGCUGCAAUUAAGUUUCGGGGAGUUGAUGCUGACAUCAAUUUCAAUAUAACUGAUUAUGAAGAAGAUAUGAAGCAGAUGAAGAACUUGUCAAAAGAAGAAUUUGUUCAUAUCCUCCGUCGACAAAGUACUGGAUUCUCUAGGGGAAGUUCAAAAUACAGAGGUGUAACCUUGCACAAAUGUGGUCGCUGGGAGGCUCGGAUGGGUCAAUUCCUUGGGAAAACGGCUUAUGACAAAGCUUCCAUCAAAUGUAAUGGAAGGGAAGCAGUUACCAACUUUGAGCCUAGCACGUAUGAACGGGAAAUAAAGGAGGAUAAUAAAGAUGGUAGUGGUGAGAAUCUUGAUCUGAACCUCUGGAUUUCUCCACCUUUGGAGGGGCUAAUGCGCGAUGAAAUUGGUAGAAAUGUGCACUUCAAUUUUGGAAAACGAUUCGAGAUUGAAAGCUCCUCUACUGUUCCACAAGGUCCACCAACAGCGUCUAAGCUUUCCAUAUUGACUGGCAUGUAUCCUGAUUUUUCUCCCCACAGUACGGAAGGAGCAAUGACGAAGGCUGAAGCAGCAAGUUCGUCUCCAGGAUUCCCAAAUUGGGCUUGGAAAAUACAUAGCCAGGGUGUGGUCAUUCCAGUGCCAGUGUUUUCUUCUACUGCAGCAUCAUCAGGAUUCUCUACCGCUACCACUCUGUAUCAAAAUUCCCUCCUACCGCCAAGCAACCAACUACAUACAAACUCAACUUUCCAACAACACCCUCCAGUGACCCUUAACAUCAGUUAAAGAGGGACUGCGACGACCACCUAAAGAAGUCGAAUUACAUCAUCAGUCAAGUGGCAGAUAGAUAAAGGCUGUCACUGAACUGUGAGAUUCUGUUUUCGUUGUGUGCAUCAUACCUAUAGCAGCAACAAGUGUAGAUUGUAUAGCACAUGAUGAUGUAUAGGAUGGUAUAAUAAAACUUAAAAGACUUGCUACAAUAUAGCUACAUUAAACUUGACCGUUCUCUCCUAGAGAGUGUUUCUUAACCAGACGGUAUUCUGUUUGUAAAAACAAAAUUCUGAAAGGACUUGUGCUGUUAGAAUUUUGCCUUGAUCUGAUCAGAUUUUAGUUUGGAUAUGAGACUUGAACAGUAAA